AUGUUGACAAAAUUGAUUAGCAACCUCAACAGGUGUAACAAUUUCCUUACGAGUAAAAAAUUCACAUUUCAAUUUAUAAAUGGAAGAAGAUAUCAGUCGAGUAUCUUUCGAAAGAGUGUGCGAAAAUUGCUCCUCUUCUUUUAUAAAGAAAUACAUCCAGACUUAACACAAGAGUUACCAGAGGAGCUAAAAAAGGUGAACAGCGAAUCACUCAGUGUUUUAAAUUCAUACAUAGACAUCCUAAGUUCGUCCGAAAGGAGAGAAAAUAACAUAUUUUUGGAAAAAAAAAUUGUUUUUUUUAAAGUGUUUGAAAAUUCACAGAAUAAAAUAAUCAAGGGGAGGUACAAAAACAUCGUCAUUAAAUUGCAAACCCUGCCGAAUAAUUUAUCAACCCAACAAAAGGAAGAAAUCACAGCAAAAUUGAUAUACGACAUUAGACAAUCUUUGGAGAAAAUAAAAAAUGCAAACAUAUUGGACGAGUGCGAUAAGGAAAGCAUCGAAAAUUUGGAGGAGGACAUAUUCAUUAGUAAUAAAGGGGGGAAAAAACAAAAUGGAGGCAUCAACUCCAUAUGGGACGAUUUAACCGAGCAUGUAAAAAACACACAGGCGUUGUUCCAACCAUCGGAAGAGCAAACCAUGUUAAUACAGAAACGAAGAAGCUACUUUCAUUAUAUAAAAAAAAAAUUAGAAGAAAAAUAUCAAAAAAUUAAUCACAAAAAGAGGAGGGAAAAAAAGUUGCUAAAACUGAAGGAAACUGCAAAUAAAAUAGCACGCGAAAAAUUCCCAGACAUAGAAAAUAAAAAAAAUAAAUACGACAGUGACAUCCUCCAUAGCAGUUAUAAAAUUGUUCAAAAUGGAUUUGAUCCAAAUUUAAUUUUUUUCCAUAAGGACAUUAAGACGGAAGAAGAAAAAAAAAAGGCCGUCGGAAAUUUAUGUGGAAUGCACUUGAAGGAUGAUGCCGAUAAAUGGUUGCUAGAAAACUGCCUCAAACUUUUAAAAAAUCAUCAAACGCAAAUUCCGCUGGUUGUCUGCCUGGACAAAACCAUGUCCUUGUGCCCUACCUUUGGCUUCAUUUACAUCCCAGUCGACUUUUGCGCGAGGGACUUUUUCAGCUUCCUGGAGGGCAAUCUUUACCGGGCCAGAAGCAUCAGGAAGAAGGUUUUAGCAAGCUUCGAAAUGUGA